AUGUUUUAUCGAACUAUUAAUUGUCUCUCACUCUACUUAGAUACUACCUAUGAGUUAGCUCAAGCUUCAUUUUAUUGUGCACGUCUCGUUCUUUCUUUUCUUCUUAUGGCGCAUCUUCUUGUUGAAAACUCCUCGCUAUCUUCUGAUAAUGAUCACUCAAUCAUCAGCACCUCACCCUACCAUUGGCUAUUGGAACCUUGCACUUUAAGUGAUUCCAAAGUGGUCGCACUCGUACGCUUUGAAAAAUCAGAUUUUGUAAUACAUCUUCAUCCUAAAGACAAACGUGGUUAUCGUUCAGUUGUCCGAUUGAUCAAUAAUGAUCGAAUGAUUUCAACAAUCAAUCGAGAUUAUCCUUCAGCACAACGAAUUGGUCUUGCGCUGACCAUGGCUUUAGUCACAGAGGUCUAUUCUCGCAUUGUACCAAUCGCUCAAAGUGCAGUUACAGGAAAUAAUACUCGCUCAUUGGAUCCAAAACCGGAUAAUACUCAACUAUUUAUUUCUCAAGAACCAAUAUUUCUUCAUGGAUAUGUUUUUGGUUGCGGUGACCCAGAGGAAAAAUAUAUUGAGGAUGUUCAAAUGUAUGACUCUGUUGUUGAAGCAAUUUUCGAUAUGAACUCUCCGUCUUCGCAAGAAUCAAAACACGAUAAACAAGUGCCCUGGAAACUGGACGAAAUGAAAAAAGUAGUUCGAAGAUUAGAAACUGAAAUUGAUAACAUUCAUGACGCUUAG